CCUAUCAGUGCCAGUCAGUGUCACCUAUCAGUGCCACCUAUCAGUGCCAUCAGUGCCUCCUCAACAGUGCCCAUCAGUGCCACCAUAUCAGUGCCCAUCAGUGCAGCCUCAUUAGCGCACAUCAGUGAAGGAGAAAAAGAAAUCAGCACUUAUUUACAACAUUUUUAUAACCACAAAAAACUAAUUGAAAAAAAAUGUUUUUUUUUUUCAAAAUUUUCAGUGGUUUUUUGGGGUUUGUUUAAGAAAAAAUAAAAAACCCAGAGGUGAUUAA